CAAUGACAGUUUCCGUUAGUUUGACUUGCAAAUCGUAGUCGUGUUGAACAAGCGUUUUCCUCGCCAGUAAUUGCCCUGGAAACGACUUUAUCAUCAAGUCUCGCUAUCGAUCGAUAUCGCUUACAUUACACGAUACGUGAUAAGAGCACUUGUGAGUUAAGAACAAGUUGUACUUGUUGUACUUAAACUCUGAACUUCCAGCUCGAGGCCCAGUAGUGCUCGAGCGGCAGCUUCGAAAAGUUUGUUGUUGUCACGUGACGUGAGACGAAUGUCGCGUUAAAAGUUUGUUUAGGUAGUGAAAUUAAGCGGAGUUCUGUUUUAUCGACGCCUUUUGAACAUCAUUUUCGCCACAAUGCCCCAACCAAAACAUCGAAAGAUUGCUGUUAUGGGUUACAGGUCCGUAGGAAAGUCAUCUCUCACAAUACAGUUUGUGGAAGGACAGUUCGUCGACUCUUAUGACCCUACCAUUGAAAACACCUUUAACAAAAUGAUCAACGUGAAUGGUCAGGACUUUAGUCUUCAGUUGGUUGAUACAGCUGGACAGGAUGAGUACUCAAUUUUUCCACAAUCCCACACAAUGGACAUCCAUGGUUAUGUCCUUGUCUACUCAGUGACAUCUACAAAAAGUUUUGAAGUUGUGAAGGCUCUACAUGACAAGAUGCUGGACAUGGUUGGGAAGAGUCAGGUACCAACGGUUCUUGUAGGGAACAAAAAAGACCUCCACAUGGAAAGAGUCAUUCAGCCAGAGGAGGGAAAAAAACUUGCUGACAUCAUUGGUGCUGCAUUCAUGGAGUCCUCUGCCAAGGAGAAUGAAACUGCUGUGGAGGUUUUCAAGCGCAUCAUUUUGGAGAUGGAGAAAGCUGACGGAAAUGCUCCCCCAGUGGAUAAGAAGUGUGCUGUGAUGUAAGAGUGGAUCCCAGAUAUCAGUAUGCUCAGUUGCUGAAGACAGGAGGCACAACUUCACCGGCCAACAAAUCACAACCUUACCAAAACAAAGACACAGAAAGGAUUCUUUUUUUUCUGCCCCAGUGAUAGCAGACGGAUUUACAUAGCAUUUAACUGCCCAGACAGUCUGUAAACUAUCCUGUCUGAUGUAACCGCAGGGAGAAGUUUCUAAAACAAGAUUAUCUCUGUUGAAGACAAAGAAACACUGUCACCACAUUCUUUUAGUGUUUAACAGCUUCUAUUUCUAUGACUAGAGGAAAUCUCAACUUUCAGUUAAACCAGAAAAAAUGGACAUGAUAAUUAUUCAAUCCUUGUGAAUUGCAUCCCAUAUUUCCCUAAACUUUUAAAUGUAUUCUGAUGUUUGAGACACCAUUGACUUGUGUCUCAUAUCUGACUAGGUAGCUAUAGCUUAAUGUAUGGUGAGGGAUUGUUAACCUUUUCAAGGACUGGUAUUAUUUCAACAGGUCUAUUUUGACAGUGACACAGUCACAGUACACAUUGCUUUAAAUGUGGUGUAAAUUUGUCAGUAUUUCUCAUGAGGUUUCAUGCAUGAUAUCUCACUGCUGUUUCACUGAAGAUUUUAUCCACUCAUAUUCAGGUACUUUUCACCAAUGAACUCUGGAUGGUUUCUUCACAAUGGAAGAAUCUAAUGGUAUAGCUUCACAGCUUGUUUUAAGCUCUUCUGUGAGGCAAAUAACAUCCUUGUCUGGGCAGUGAUUUAAUUUGUCCAUAUUGGCUGUUAUAAAGAUGUUAUAAAAUGGACAACCCUCAAAUUUAGUAUAAAUAUAAAUAUAUGUUUGGUAUUUAACAGUUAUGGCCUUUUAUACGGUAUAAAUAGAAUGGUAGAAAUGGAUUUAAUAUUAUUGGUUAUAUGCUGAGUGGUACAUGCGUGCUCUCUCUUUAAUAUCUUAAGUAGCAUGGUUAGAAAUGCAUCAUAAUUAUGAUUAUGGUUAAGUUGCAAUUUUUAUGAAAUUGCAUUUUAACACUGCAUAAGACAAUUUAGGUGAAGGCCACAGAGUUAGCUCAUGGUUUUGUUUUUAUGGAUCAUGCAGGCUAAAUGAAAAUAGGCCAGGCUGGCACACUGCCUUUGAUAUUCUGGACUUGCAUGAUCACUAUCAAAUGCUGAAGGUCCCAGCUGACUUUAUUCUCAGCUCCUGUAGUCUUACAAAGACAUGACACAAAGUGGAUUUUCUUCCUAUUCCUGAUGUUCUACCUGUAGUAGGUAAUUGUAACUUUUUUUAUCAGGUGCUUUGCUGAACAGAUAGAUUUGUGGUUGUUCGCUGGUGGUUGAAAAGAGGCUGGUGUUGCUGUGUCUUGUGCCUUACAGUUCUUCAAACUCCCUCAUCUGCUUCCCUUCAUGACUCAAGGUGCUCUUCAAGGGUUUUUUCUCCUUCUGUUGACUUGAUACUUUGGUGCAGGUGAUGUUGUACACCUAAGCACCAUGACACCCUUGGGGGUCAAUGUUAAUUCAUAAAUCUUGCUGUAAACAGUUUUGUAUAUAAAUAAACCUGUUACUCAUU